AUGAAACCACUACUCUUGUUAAUUUUAUUUUUUACAAUAUUUUCCACAACAGGCGCAGCAAACUUUGUGAUAACUUCCCCACCUUCCUCUCGUCAAGUGUUGAAAUGGCCAUUUGCUGCCUGGUCAAUUUGGAAUUUACCUAUAGGAAAUAAUGCAAGUUAUGAAUUUGGAAAUAUUUACUUGCCCAACACUGCAACCAUAGAGGCAGAUCCUGAUAUUAUUGUAUUAAAUUCAUCAAAUCCGUUAACACCAAUCUAUUAUUCAUCAGCAGCUUGGACUGGGGCUUCACGUUGUCAGGCAUCAAGUUCAACAAUUAUCACAAAAGUUCCCUUCCCAAGUGAUUUUAUAGUUGCAUCAGAUGGAAGUAAUUAUUCUGGUGCUUUUUUAAUGCCAGAUAAUGUGACAAUCGUACAGACUCAACCAAUUUGUCAUUGUACUAAUAGCACACAAACUUCAAAUGUCACAACACUUACAAAAACUAUCAGUGUCAGUAUUUAUGGAGAUGGCGCUUAUGGAUCCCAUGGAGGUUCUGGAUUAUCAUCCAUUGGUGGUACACUUAGAUUGGGAGAAUUAAUUCCAGACUCCAAUGGAACUGUUCAUCCAGUACGUCAUGCUUUGAAAGGUAAUCUUUGGGCUGUUUACAAUUACUACAGAAAUGGAAGUGCUGUUUCGAGCUGUUUCAGGUGGCCAGCAACUGGUUGUGAUGGAUAUUUUGCUGAUGGUAAAUCAGAUCAAUAUGGAGGUACUAAUCCAUAUGUUCGUCCUGGUUCAUUGCUCGCUCUUAACACCAGUAUUAAUAUUAACAAUUUGGGAUUAAAAACAAUUCCAGGAUUGGCCAUAGCUUGGACAUUACAAAAUUAUGGAAUGUAUUUGGCAGAUGAUAGUUAUUGGAAUGCAGCUGCUUUAGAAACAGAGAUAUCUCCAGAGGGAAAUUAUGUAACACAAUUUAAAAAAGCAUGGAAUAUGGAUUUUACUUCAAGUACUAAUGCUUGGGCAGUUGACGUUCGUUCCUUAUUUAGAAUGUUAUCAGUUGUUAAUAGCUGGAAUAAGAAUAUGUGGUUGAAUGUAUCAUCUUCCAAUGGUACAUUGGGCGCUGGUGGAGGAUUUCCAUUACAGAGCUGGGCACCACCAUUUGCAAAUGAUUCUAAUAUUGCUACACCUGUUAGUAGCAGUUUCAUCCAUACGAGCUCUAAUUCUCCAAAGAAUUCAACCCUUGCAAACAAUCAAAGAAGUAUUAAUGCAUGUAAUUUAACAACAAUAAUAUUGGCUAUAGUUUUAAUUAUUUUGUGCAUUCAAUGGUAA